GCCAUGUUUGUAAUCUACGAGUACAAGCUGUGUAAACAUCUGGCCGGGCCGCGGGCUUUUCCAACAGUUUCCAGGCACAAAAGGAAUUGUAACACCUGAGUUAUUUAAGUGGAAAUGCCUCAUGUUCUCUCAGCGAAGAAAUGAACGAAAUAAGCGAGUCUGAACGCGGAUUGAAGGCCGUUUUUAAGGUACAAGGGAAGCUGUAUGAUGUCUAUCUUGAUGAAAAUGAAAUCGUGUGGACCUUACAAGGCGAGUUGAGUUCAGCCUCCAGCACACGCAAUUACAACCUUUCCACAAGAUCUGUGAAACUGUUAGAUAUCAUUGGUGCAUGGAUAGCAAAACGACGCAUACCCAGGAAUGAAAGCAAGGAUGGUGAACUUGUUGGAUUUACUAUUUUUACCUUCCAAAAAGCUGGAAACAGGAAGCUGUGUGAAGCAAGGAUAACAUUUGAGAGUGAGGACCAAAAUGUCUGUGACAUGUGGGUUGUUAAGAUUAACGACACUUUAAAGAGUAUUCCUAGCAGACCUCGUAAGCUGAAAGUAGUAAUAAAUCCUAGAAGUAAAAAAGGUGAAGCAAGGCUUGUGUACUUAAAAAAGGUUGCACCUUUAUUUGAGAAGGCUGGCAUCAGGGCAGAUCUCAUGAUGACACAGUGGGCAGGACAUGCUUGGGAGUUCUUCCAAACUGCAGAGCUUUCCACAUAUGAUGGGGUUGUUUGUGUUGGAGGAGAUGGUAUUGUGCAUGAAGUUGUUAAUGGACUAUUAGAGAAGUCACAUGGAAAUGUUGGAAUUGAUCUGGUUGAUGGAACCUUACCUGAGAAGUUCAGUGCUCUGCCACUCAGCAUGCGAAUUGGAAUCAUUCCUGCAGGUUCAACAGAGGUGGUGGUUUAUUCAGCACAGGGAUCUAAUGAUCCUGUCACAUCUGCUAUACAUAUAAUUUUAGGUCACACAAUAUCACUGGAUAUAUGUUCUCUGUGGAGUGACAACAAACACAUCAGGUUCACAUUUUCACUGGCUUAUGGCUUCCUCGGAGAUGUGUUGAAAACUAGUGAGCAACAUCGAUGGAUGGGUCCUAAACGAUACAAAUGGGGAGCUGUGAGGAGGCUCUGGAAACUCAGAUCAUAUGAUGUUGAGGUGAAGUAUCUUCUAAGUCCUAAUCCUGAACACCAUCCAAGAGAUAACACUCGCUGUAGAAUAGGGUGUGAGGUUUGUAGUAAGGAAGAUGAUCAAGAUUGGGAAAGUGAGCAAAAUCAAGAAUGGAAGUCAUUUCACUCUCGCGUUUAUGGGGUGAACUUUUACACUCUUCCCAAUCUGUGUGAGAUAUCCCCAGAGGGGCCGUCACCCUGCUGUCACUUGGGAGAUGGUUUUACAGACCUUGUUAUUAUUAAAGACUGCUCAAGACUUCAAUUAAAAUCACAUAUUCAGCGAAACUUCAAUUACAAAGACCAGUUUGCAUUUGGCUUCAUUGAAACACACCGUGUCAAAGAAUGUCAUAUUCAUGCUUGUGACAAGAGUGGUGUCCCUGUGAGUGGUACAGAUAGUCUCUUGCAUGGUGGUAGCUAUAGAGGAAGGAGGAAUCCAAAGGAGCAACCAGUUGGUGUAUGGAAUGUAGAUGGUGAAGUGCUCAGGCAGGCAUCUCUAUCACUCAGAGUUCACAGACAAAUUGUAACUAUAUUUGGAAGUGGUAUAGAGGAUGUCUCGCAACAAAAGUGUCGCUUCCUGAAAUAACAAAGCAUUGGUAAAAUUUAAAGGAGCUUAUUUCUAGUAUGUAAUUCUUGUAUCGUUCAUAAUGCAUUUGCAUGUGAUGGAUACAGGAUGAACAUCAAGGUCUACUGGAUAGGGAACAAAAUCCCUCUGAACAAAUGGCUAUCCAGCAGACAUUGCUAUUUGUUUAAACCUCACAUGCAACAUUUGUAAAGUUUAUCCUACUAAGUUGAAAGUUAUGUAAGAUUCAAGCAUUGAAAACAUCUUCUGGCCUCUACUAAGUUAAAGGUUAUCUGACAUUAGCCAGAAUUUAGAUUGGAACACCAGACAUUACUUUUCUCAUACCCACGCGAGGAACGUUUCUCAAAAUAUUUAUAUCAGUGUUGGUGUUUUUUAGAAGAUUCUUUCUCCAUUAUCUGUUGGAGUUUUGAUUCUUUUUUAAUAUAAAGUAUAAUUGAACUAUCUCCCUAAAUUUAUAUUAUUUAUGUAUUUAUUUAUUUGUCAAAUGAUUUAAUUAAAUUGCGUUGGCCCCAUAGUGGUGACAAUGGGUGACCAUUUAUCAAAAUUAUCAUUUUCUGAAAAUAAUGUAACGCAAAAUGCCAUUAAGUUUAUUGAGGACUCGUAAUAUGAAGGAAGUAUCGUCCGAAGUAGAUUUUGAUGAAUUUACUACGCGUUUACGAAGUGAACUCCAAUGUACUGUAUUACUGAUCAGCGGUCAGCUAUAGUUGCUGAAAUAUUACCGCGUGGUUUAGGUGUCCACUUUGUAAAGUUUCCACUGUAUGAAUUUAGCAAUAAAACGUCGUGAAAAUAACAUUGAUAAAUUGAAACUCCUUUAACCCCUUAGACAGCAAGUAUAGUGUCGCCCAUUAAUUAUGACCCUGAGUGCAACUAGAGUCGAUUAGUUGGGAACAAAUACGUUCCGCGAUACAAGCCCCAGUGUUUAUAUCGCUGGAUUGCUUGUUGCGGAUAGCUGUAGUAUUACAAAUGGUUUGUAAACGGUACAUGGUCUUACUGACAUGAUUGUGGAUACAAAACUAGAUUCCAGUUUGGAAGGAAAAAAGCAAACUCCGUUUAUACGAACCUACUGCCUGGUAAACAUCGUGUCAUGUGCAUUCUAACAUUUUCAAGACUAUUCAGUUCACUAAUUCAGUGUGGCUUAAGAGAUUUCAAAGACUUUUUUUCUCUCUAAGUGAUCAUCAUUUUUUUUUCAAACAGUUUUUACACUGAAAGGAGCAUCCUAAGGAUUGGAUUAAUAAAUAUAAAUAUAAAUCAAGUAAGAACUUGAAGAAAAGUUAGCCUCGUCUGCAAAAACGUGUAUGAUUGACACACAAACGUAAAGGAAGGUGUGUCGUCAGCAAGGGAACUAAAGGAGAGCAGUUAUUCUAGGACUGUGGGUAACUCACCCUUUGGCAUAUACCUUGUCAGAUAUGGUUUCCUCAAUCUUCCUUCUUCAAGGUAGAAACGUCUGAAACUAGGGUAUAUUAGUCCUAUAUUUGAGGACCUUGCGUCGUGUGUUGACAGCUUUUAAGUUGAAAUUACUGAAUCAGUUACAUCAAAAAAACAUUUGCAGAAAUCGAUAGGCACUCGACGGAUUUCCUCAUCGUUGUUCACGUUAAGGAUACUAGCAUGGUUCAUAUGUGUAAUCAGGGCUGUUUCAGUGGAAUAUUCUUAUCUACUGAGACCGAUUCAAGUUCGUACAUGGCUAAUUAUAUUGGGUGGAAAAUUAAAAAAGACAACUACUAGA